AUGGCACCAGACUCCCCGCGCUCUUCUCCUGCUACGACCAUGGACUAUGCCACACGACCAAAUGACCACUUGACACCGGGGCAGGCCAUCUCAGAAGCAUGGAAACGGGAGUCUCCAGAGAGCCAAGCACAGUGGCGGCUCGCCGACGCGCGUGCGCGGCAGCAGUACCUCGCGCCGCCGCGGUGGAUUCAGAGUCCGGGCAAGAAGGCAAAUGGCGCGAAGAUGUAA